AAGAAAAAAAAAAGAGAAAACUUAAGAAGAAAGCAAGCUCUCAGAUCCAUCGGAGCCCAUCUCUCGCUCUCUCUCUCUUUCUCUACGGCCACAGCAAUUGGAACAAAUCGUCGUUGUUGCAGAGACUGAUCGCAAUACCAAAACUCUGCGUUUUGUCGACCGUUCGGAUCCGUGAAAAUGGAGGCUCCGCAAGGUGGAUCAGAGAGGGACAAAUCGAACUCGUCCUCUUCUCCCACCCCAGUCGUCGCCACUUUCUGGAAAGAUUUUGAUUUAGAGAAGGAAAAAAUUGUGCUGGAUGAACAAGGGCUUAGGAUAGCUGAAAAUCAGGAGAACAGCCAGAAAAAUCGACGGAAGCUUGCAGAAAACACUAGAGAUUUCAAGAAAGCUUCACCAGAGGAAAAGUUAAACUUGUUCAACUCUUUACUGAAGGGAUACCAAGAAGAAGUUGACAAUCUUACCAAGAGAGCAAAGUUUGGAGAAAAUGCUUUUCUUAAUAUCUAUCAAAAAAUUUACGAGGCUCCAGAUCCUUAUCCGGUUCUUGCUUCAGUUGCUGAGCAAGAUUUGAAACUGUCUGAACUAGAAUCUGAGAACCGGAAAAUGAAAGUCGAGCUUGAGGAAUUCCGGACUGAAGCCACCCACUUAAAAAAUCAACAGGCAACAAUACGAAGACUUGAAGAGCGUAACCGCCAGUUAGAGCAACAGAUGGAAGAAAAAGUGAAAGAAAUUGUGGAGAUGAAGCAACGCAGUUUGGCAGAAGAGAACCAGAAGACUCUGGAAGUUUUAAAAGAUAGGGAGCAAUUGCUACAGGAUCAAUUACGUCAAGCUAAAGAAAGUGUUUCGAAUAUGCAGAAACUACAUGAACUUGCACAAAGCCAGAUGUUUGAACUUCGUGCACAAUCAGACGAAGAUAGGGCAGCAAAGCAAUCAGAGGUCAAUCUUCUGAUGGAUGAAGUUGAACGGGCUCAAACACGGCUUCUAACUCUUGAGAGAGAGAAGGGUCUGCUACGCUCUCAAUUACACACUGCAAAUGAAGACACUCGAAAUAAGAUGAGUGAUGAUUUAGAUUCAAAUAGCAUGCUUGAGAAUUCUUUGAGUGCAAAGGAGAAAAUAAUCUCUGAACUGAACCUGGAACUUCAUAAUAUUGAAACCACCCUGUCAAAUGAGCGAGAAGAACACAUAAAAGAGAUCAAGAGACUGAAUACACUGCUCAAUGAAAAGGAAGUUGCUCUUGAAGAGAUGAAGAAAGAGCUUCAGGCAAGGCCAACAGAAAAGUUGGUUGAUGAUUUGCAUAAGAAAGUGAAAAUUUUGCAGGCGGUGGGGUAUAAUUCAAUUGAGGCUGAAGAUUGGGAAGUAGCUACUAGUGGGGAAGAGAUGAGCAAAAUGGAGUCUCUUCUUCUUGACAAGAACCGAAAAAUGGAACACGAACUCACACAAUUGAAGGUCAAACUUAAUGAGAAAACGUCUUUGCUGGAAACAGCUGAAUGCAAGAUAGCAGAACUGACAGCAAAGGUUAAUGAACAGCAAAAACUGAUACAGAAGUUGGAAGAUGACAUAUUGAAGGGCUAUGGUUCCAAAGAUAGAAAAGGCAAUCUAUUUGAUGACUGGGAUCUUUCGGAGGCCGGGGGUUCUGAGCUAUCUGAGAAUACAGAUCAAAAACAUGUUUUCUCAGAUCAAGAUCAGAGUUCAAUGCUUAAGGUGAUUUGUAAUCAGCGAGAUCGAUUUAGAGCACGCUUGAGAGAGACAGAAGAGGAAAUAAGACAGUUGAAGGAGAGGAUCGGGGUACUUACAGUGGAACUGGAAAAGACAAAAGCUGAUAAUGUCAAACUUUAUGGAAAGAUUCGUUAUGUCCAGGAUUACAAUCAUGAGAAAGUGGUCUCUAGAGGAUCAAAGAGGCAACCAGAUGAUCUUGAAAGUGGUUUUGCCUCAGAUGUUGAAUCUAAGUACAAGAAGAUAUAUGAGGAUGAUAUAAAUCCUUUUGCAGCAUUCUCAAAAAAGGAAAGGGAUCAAAGAUACAAGGAGUUGGGUUUCAGGGAUAGAAUCACACUUAGCAGUGGCCGUUUUCUUCUUGGCAACAAGUAUGCUCGAACUUUUGCCUUUUUCUACACCAUUGGGUUGCAUGUCCUGGUGUUCACCUGUCUUUACCGCAUGUCUGCUCUGAGCCAUCUUAGCAAUGGCCCUGAGGAAUACCUCCUUGGAGAUAAAAAUCUGACCCUUCCACAUGCGCUUUAGUCUCCACCAAAUAUUCUUUUUCAGUGGAUUUUUCCUAUAUCCCAAGAGAAUAUAAAAAAGAAAAAGAAAAAAAGA